CUAAUCUUGCUACUAGGAAAUAAUUUCCCGCCGCGCGCUCGGCGGCCCCGGAAGCGGUUCCACUACUUCCGGGUGGUUGUCAGUGACGCUCUGGAGUGGUCGCCAGGGCGGCCUGAGCUGCCGACCGAUUGCUUCUGGCCGGUCAGCCCGUCGGGCCCUUGCGGGACCCGCGCCGCCGGUGGAGGCUGAAUGGAUGGAUUAAAUGAAUAUUCCUGUAAUUCAUUUGACCUACAAUGUCUAUUAAACUCAUUUCCUGGAGAUUUGGAAUUUAAACAGAUCUUCAGUGACAUUGGUGAACAGAUGGAAAAAAAUGCCGCAAGCAUAGAGCAUUGCAUUGAAGAAAUACAGUCUGAAGUAAACAAACUCUGUCCAGAUGUGCAGCUGCAAACAACAGCGGACUGCUUCACAUGGCUAACUAACUAUAAUUAUAAUUCAUCUAAGUCACCAUCCAUUUCCCAUGGAGAUUUGAUAAAAUUCCUGAAAAUAAUGCAAGAUUUAUUGAAUAAUGAAGAAAAUCAAGAAGAAAUGAUCCUGGAUUUACUCUGGGACCUCUCCUGUCAGAGAAGCAUCUCAUUCCUGUCGCCCCUAGGAGGGACCUCCUUCUGUUUCCUCUCCAGGACAUGUCUGCAUUCUGUUGAAGAUUAUUCCUCUGUGGAUGUAAAGUUUAUUUGGGAUGAUGUAAGAUUACAUCUUCGACGCUUCCUAGUGAACAGGUUAGAAGGCCAUAAUGAGAUAAACAACUCACAGCCAAGAAUUAAACUGAAAAGUCAAUGUAUGCAGCAACUCCUCCUGCUCUACCCAGAAUCAGAAGUGCUUGUCAAGUACCAAAGCAUACAGAAGAGACUGCUGACUAAAUUUCUGCAAAACUCCUUCCCUUCCUGCAACAGAGAUUCAGAUUUAGAAGUAAUUGCUCAUGGAUACCAAAGUACAAUGCUCACGUUACAUUCACUGAUAAAAGAGGAUUUUAACAUCCUGCGUGAAAUUUUAGCUCCUUCCUCAGUGGUGCAAUUCAUUAGAGAAACUUACCUGGAUGCAGUUACAGAAGAAAUGGCAAAAAUUCUUGAAAAUUUUUGUGAGCUGCAGUUCAAAGAAAAUGCUGUUCCUAUAGUUAAAGGAAGCAAGAGCGCCGGCAAGCACAGAGGAACAGUGCACGCUUUGGUGAGCCCUGCCUGCCCACAGAAGCGAAGACACUCUUCUCUAUCCUUAGAUGAACUCAAAUUCUUAGCGCAGCUAACAGAAUCCUUUUUGAAGCUGGAAAACAACAUUCAGGAUCUGUUUGAAGAAAUGUUUUUAUUGCUUAAGAUGCCCAGGAAUUCUCCAGGAAUAUUGGAAAAAUCUGAUAGGGAAGCCAUGGUAGAGAAACAUUCAUCAAAUGAAACCAACAUUCCUCCAGAGCCAUUAUUACCAGUCAAAGAGGCUAAUUUACCAGAAUUUGGCUGGAGAAAUGCAUUUAAAGAAAUCUCUUUUGUCAUGGCACACUCCAUAUCAGCAGCCAUUGAAGGAUUUUCCACAAAAGUCCUCCAACAAGAGCAAACAGAAAGAUCCUCAGCUGUGAGCUAUGCUAUAAACCUUGUAACUGUCCCAAAAGUUUGGCGAGAAGGUCACAUAUUUCCUGAGGAGGAACAACCAAAGAAAGUGGCCAAGUUUUGUUCUGACAUCAUGGAAAAGCUUGACACAAUGCUUCCACUGGCUCUGGCAUGCAGAGAUGAUUCUCUUCAGGAAAUUAGAGGGAACCUUGUGGAGGCCUGCUGUAAAGUAGCAACAGCUGUCCUGGAGAGACUGCAGGAGAGGGGCAAGGAGGUUCCUUCCAGAGCACCCCUGAAGAACCUGUACAUUCUCCUCUCCACGGCGGCCCACGUCUCCCAGCGUUUUACGCAGUAUGAUAGUCUGAUGAGAGAGGCAACUAGGAAACCCAUAUUCCUGGUGCCUGUCCAGCGAUAUCAGGAAUUCAUCAACACUCUACAGUUUCAGGUUACGGACUACUGCGUCAGACUUUGUGCUACAAGCAUUUUACAGGAUGCUGAGAGCCACCACUGGGAUGACUACAAAGCUUUUUAUGAGGGGGAAAGAUGCUCCUUCUCCAUCCAGAUGUGGCAUUACUUCAGCUGGGCUCUGCGUCAUGAUCUCUGGACCAUACUACCGGCUAAGCUGGCCCAGGAGAUCCUAGCAGAGGUGCUGGAGAAGUCCUUGGGUCUACUAGCCUCCAGAUAUGCCCGGGCGUGUCCCAGUCCUAAGAGAGUUGCACAGAUAAGACUCGAUGUCACGGCAAUCUUAAUAUGCACUGAGAACAUAUUAUGGUCAGUUUGUACAUCUGUACAGGAAAUUUUGAAUCCUCAUGAGUGUAACAACAAUAAAAUUUUUAAAAUUCAUACUCAUUGCAACCACCUCUUGACAACAUUAGCCAUUUUGACAGCACCACUAACAGAAUUAUAUAAGACUUUUCUGCACGGUAUGGAUGACUCAGCUUCAAAUUCCUUAGCAUCAUUGUUUAAUCAACCAUUUCACUGGGUUUCCUGCAUGUCACAGUUCUACCCUUCUUUACUCAGGCCUCCGUCGGCUGGAGGACUGAACGCCGCGGGUCAGCUGAAACUACUCCUAUCCCAGCCAUGCUGUAAGUGGAACCUGCUUCUGGAGACCCUGCUGCACAGUGGUGGCCUCAUACCAAGAAUCCUGCUGAGGAGCUCAAAACAAGCUCCUGGCACAGAAAAGGACCAGCAGGGAGGCUGCAGUGUGGUGGAAGCCGUCUUUCAAGUCCUGUACCACUGUCACUUGUCUCCACAAACAUUUGGGAAUGUUUUCCUGAGCUACAUGGAAGAAGAACAGCUCUGGGACUCUUUAUACAACAUUCCAGUCUCAGUGUACACGGAGUCCCAGCCAGAAGUCAUCCGCUGUCUGAGACUGGCACUGAUGGACGCUGUCAAGGACAUUGUGCAGCAGGUCGUAUCCAUGAUGAGAUGCGGGAGAAACAGUGAGGCCGACCUAAACAAGCCCCGUGUUCCUGAUCAUCUGCUUCAGAGCAUUCCACAAGAAUGGAAUUAUAUUCCAAGAGAAUUCAGAAGGAAAGAAUCAAAUAAAGGCUUCACGAGGCUUGCUGCUCAGGCAGUAUCUAUUGUAAUCAGCAAGUUACCUACGGUGAUUGCAUGCUUGCCUCCCACAAUUAAAUACUUCUUUUUUCUGUCUGAGAGAAAAAUGUCAAAAAAUUUGGCUGAAUUGAAGAAAGCUGGCCUGCUUGUCUGGAACUUGAUUGUAAUUAUAUGUCGGAUAUUUGAGGAUGGGAACACCGUGGAACAUUUAACAGGUGCCUCCCUUGACAGAUGGAGUCAAGAGAAAGCGGCCUUCAUCUGUGUGUGUUUGGAAAGCAUUCUGGGAGAGAGAAGCAGCCCUUGUCAACUGACCCAGAAGGUCAUACUGAGCAUUGAGCGGCAAAAACCCAACUGGUUGGAGCACCAACUUCUGAAAGCAAAGACGCUGAGCAUCCACUGUGCAUUCGUGACGGUGGAGGAAAGCUCAGGCUUAGAAGGAGAUGCCGCUCUUGAACUGACUGAGCAGAAAACAAACGCGAUGGUCCUGGAUCUCUGCCACAAACCAGGUGGCAGCGAGUACCUGAGGCAAAUUUAUCACAUCAUGCGGCUCAAUGAGGAAUAUCUGAAAGAACAACUGCUUGCUACGAAUGGUUCAGAAGAAGCGCCAUUACCCAGCCAACCUCUGAAGGUGACCUUGAGGGACGCAGAGGAGCAGUCUCCUGUGUUUAACCCUUUCCAUGUAUAUAAGGCGUUUAGUGAACACAUGCUAGAUCAGGCGGCCACAGCAACAUGGUGCUGGACCUGGUCAAACUUGCUGCCAAAUUACCUGCCACUGGAUAAGACGGCCUUCGGUGCACUGCUCAAAAACAGGCUCUCUAGGCCUGUGCCUCCAGUUCCUUCUCUUCGAAAUAGCCUCAGGCUGUAGCAAGACCUGCUGAGUCAGAAACAGUGCCAUGGAUGGGAAUCCUACCAGGCACUGACUGUACACAAGUGUCUGCAGCCCAGGAAGAAGAAAGAUUUGCAAAGUUCCUUCGUCCUUUCAGAUUUUUCCUGCCAUUUUACUUCCCAUCAGAGCAAAUACCUUUAAUAAUGAGACUCAUCACAUAAAACACAAAACAAAAUCUUAUUUCAUUAUCUAGACAUGUCAAGCAACCUCAGAUAUAAUGAGCAGGAAUUAAAACAGCUCUAUUGUUGAGUCCCGGGUCUUGCAAUAAUGGGGGACAGACCACCAAAAUUGAUUAAACCAGAAGCAAACUUUAUUCCAGAAAAAUAAAAAAAUAAAAAAUUAAAAGAACAAUAAUAAAAUACCGUGGGGUACAAAAGCUUAUCAGCUAGCUGAGACCAUAGACAAUGUUGGAAUUCUGGGGUUGUGGCAAUUGAGGCAGGUAUUGGCCCCCUUUUAUAGUGUAGGCACGGGGUGCAUGCUAGGAGUCACAUAGAAACAACUAUAUUAAAAGUUAACUUUGGUCCAGGCAGUUGUUGGCUACAAGGGGCAAGGGGGUUAAAAGUUAACCCCUGGCUGCUGACAGAGGACCUGGCUGUAAGCAGACAGCCAUUGUUAGCAGUUAACAUUUAGAGCUGAUGACUGUUAGUUUUUAAUCUCUUAAGCUUAUAAUUUUAUAUUUCUAUAUUCCUGAACCCUUCACUAUGAAGUUGUUUAAGGUGAGAAGUGAUUUCCUAAAUCUAGUGAAGAGAACAUUGAACCAAGACCAAUCACAUAGUAUCAAAAUUUCUAUUGGAUGGAGCAGUGUGUGGUUGAGUAUGGAGAGAGGCAGGAAUGUAGUUGAAUGUAGAGAAUGUAGAGAGCAGUGUGUAGUUGAGUAUGGAGAGAGGAUAUAAUCUCACAAAUAUCUUAAUACACUAUAAGGAGUCGGAUGAUAUAGCUUUAAGGUUCAAAUGUGGCCUCAUUUUAAUUUAUUCUUGAAUGCUUUAAUGCUAUUGAGAAGAGGAACAUUCUUUAAAUUAGCAAAACAUCAUUAUAUCCAUUUUGAAUUUCAUUUGAAUUGGAUGUUUCCUUCAAACUCAAUUUUGUUUAUAAAAUAAACUGAAUAAAGUAAUGUUUUCCAUUUUUUGGAGUUGUUUCUCUAUACAUUGUGAAAAAUAUGAGUAAAUAUUUGGAAUAGACUCUGGAAUGUGAAAAAAGUAAUUGAAGUCAUGAUUUAUAUCGUUAUGGGAUGUCCAUACUCUAACUCACAUUCUUUGUCCAUAUGUGUCUUGCCAAAGUAAUGCUAGGUUAUGGACAGUAAAUGCCAUAAAAUACCCUGAUUAGGACCGGAUCCUGACCUGAAGUUGACAUUAGAGGGUCACCUCAGAAGAAUUGGAAGUUUUACAACUAGAAGUUAAUCAUAGCCCAUUUCAUUGUAAUAAACUGAAGCUGAACAAAGUGA